AUGGGCCAAACAGCCAUACGAACUUUCGUUCGCAUUUCAAGAAAAGAUGUGAGUUUUUGACUAGUCUUGUAAUCAUUUGAAAUUUUGUCAAUUAUAGAUUGGUAAGAUGAAAAUGUUGUGCAGAAUCCAGGCUGAAAAGUCUGAAGCUAUUCGAAACCAAUUGAAAAAACCAUGGAAAAUUCGCGAAAAAUCACCGAAACAAGCUGUUAAAUCAACAAAACGAAGCAAGGAAUCUAUUCCGAAGAAAGUUUUCCAAAAAAUUGUCCGAGAAAUUGUUAAUGAAGUUUCGGUAAGUCAAAUAAUAUUUUGGGUUCUGAAGUUUGAACUGUGUUUUUUAGAGCGGACCACUGAAGGUGCAAUUGGGAGCUUAUAAUAUUCUUCAAGAAGUAGCUGAAGGUGCAAUGGAAAAGAAGUUUUCCUUGGCUCAAAAGGCCGCUUACCAUGCAAAUCGUGAAACAAUCAAAGUUUCAGAUAUGCGAUUUAUGAAAGAAAGCUUUGAGUUGAACAAUACAGGAACAAGAGGAUAUUAA